AUGAACCGGAAAUUCUUUAUUGUUGCUGUUGCCUUCUUGGCCUACGCUUACGGCGAUGUCUCACACCUUGGAGGGGGAUAUAACUACCAGGCUCCAGCUCAAGUGCACUAUGAGGCGCCAGCUCUGGCUCCGGCUCCCGCUCCCAUUUACCAGGCCCCCGCACCAGUGCACUACGAACAGCCAGCUCCAGUUCAGGUCUAUCAGGCACCUGCUCCUGCACCCGUGAAUGCCUACGUUCCUCCCGCAGCACCAGCUCCUGUGCACUACGAACAGCCAGCUCCCAUCCAAAUCUCUGCACCUGCUCCUGCACCAAUUUACCAAGCUCCUGCACCCAUCCAGAUAUCCGCGCCAGCUCCAGCUCCAGCUCCAGUAAGCAGCUACAUUCCACCUGCAGCCCCUGCUCCAGUGCACUAUGAGGCUCCUGCCCCCGCACCUGUUUACCAAGUUCCCGCACCAGUUUACCAAGCUCCUGCACCCAUCCAGAUAUCCGCGCCCGCACCAGCUCCAGUAAGCAGCUACAUUGCACCUGCAGCCCCUGCUCCAGUGCACUAUGAGGCACCCGCCCCCGCACCAGUGCAGUACGAGCAACCGGCUCCGGUUCAGAUCUCUGCCCCCGCUCCAGUGCACUAUGAGCAACCGGCACCAGUUCAGAUCUCUGCCCCCGCACCAGUCUAUCAGGCCCCAGUCGUUCAGGAGCAGUACGAGCAGCCCGCACAGGACGGUUACCACUACAAGACUAAACUUCUUGUUGUCGCCUUCGCCGUACUGGCUUCCGCCUACGCUGAUGUCUCCCAUCUGUCGGGCUACAACUACGCCCAGCCCGCACCAGCUCCGGCUCCAGCACCAAUUAAGAUUGUGGCUCCUCUAGCCCCAGCUCCAGCUCCUCUGCCAAACAACCAGUACAUUCCCCCUGCAGCCCCAGCCCCAGCUCCUGUGCCAAUUGAAUUGCCUGCUCCAGUUGCUGCUCCUCUUCCAGUCAAGGUUGCUCCCGCACCAGCUCCCGUCAACCAGUACAUUCCCCCAGCACCUCCAGCACCCCCAGUACAUGUUGCCCCUGCACCUGCCCCUGCUCCAGCUCCAGCUCCAGUGCCCCUCCCAGUGAACCAGUACAUUCCUCCCGCACCACAGGCUCCAGCUCCAGCCCCAGUCCCACUUGCCCCUCAGCCCGUCCUCGAGGAAAUCGAGCCCGUGUCCGCCGACGGCUACCGUUACAAAACCAUCCGUCGUCGUGUGAUCCGUCGCCGUUACUAA